AUGCCGUUGAUCGAGAAGCCGCAUUGGACGCUCAGGGUUGAGCAACCCAAGAGCACGUUUGCGGAAGGCAAUGCGCGAUGGACGAACAAAGAUCUUGACCCUGUUCCGAGGCAUGGCAGGAAGUGGGGUGUGACGAGCUUCAUCUCGUAUUGGGUGUCGGAUGCAUUCAACGCCGCAACAUGGCAAUUCGCAUCCAGUAUCAUCGCAAUCGGCCUCACCUGGCGCGAAUCCCUCGGCAUAGUCGCCCUGGCCUUCUUCAUAAUCUCCUUCGUCAUCGCCCUAAACGGCGCAAUCGGCGUCCUCCACCACGUCCCCUUCCCCGUCAUCGCGCGCGCCUCCUGGGGUUUCUGGGGCUCCUACAUCGCCAUCGUCUCGCGCGCCAUCCUCGCCAUCUUCUGGUUCGCCAUCCAAAACAUGAACGGCGCGAAUUCCGUGCGCGUCAUGAUCGGCGCCAUCUGGCCCUCUUUCCUUAGCCUGGAGAACGGUAUCCCUGAGAGCCAAGGCAUCGAUACAGCGACCAUGAUCAGUUUCUUCAUCUUCUGGCUAGGCAGUGUACCGUUUCUGGUUAUGCAUCCGAAUGAGUUGAGGUGGCUGUUCAUGGCUAAGAGUAUUAUCGUGCCGAUUGCGUGGAUUGCGAUUCUCAUCUGGGCGUUUGUGAGUACGGAUGGGGGAGGUGAGAUGUGGAAUCAGAAGGCUACGUUGACGGGGAGUGCGUAUUCGUGGGGGUUCUUGUCGAGUUUGACGAGUGUUAUUGGGAAUUAUGCUACCUUGUCUGUGAAUCAGUCCGACUUCUCCCGCUACUCCCGCGUCUCGGUAAAAUGGCAAUGCAUCUACGUGCCCUUCCUCCCCAUAGUCUUCACCUUCAUCGCCUUCAUCGGCGUAGCCGCCACCUCGGCCGGCGCCGUCAAAUACGGCACUCUAGACUGGGACCCCAUGGCCCUCAUUGCGCACUGGGACAACCGCGCCGCCCGUUUCUUCGCCGCCUUCUCCUUCGCCCUCGCUGCCCUCGGUGUCAACAUCUCCGCCAACUCGCUCUCCGCUGCCAACGACCUCACCGCCCUGUUUCCCCGCUACGUCAACAUCCGCCGCGGCCAGCUGCUCUGCGCGGUACUCUGCUGGGCGCUUGUCCCCUGGAAGAUUCUCGCGUCCGCGGGUAGUUUCCUCAACUUUAUGGCUGCUUAUGCGAUUUUCCUGGGUCCGAUUGCGGCGAUUAUGGUUGUCGACUUUUGGGUUGUGCAUCGUGGGAAGUAUGAUACUUUGGCUUUGUACCAGUAUCAUGGUAUCUACAAGUACACCGCCGGUUGCAACUGGCGUGCUAUUGUCGCUUUUCUCGUUGGCGUUGCGCCGAAUAUGCCGGGGUUCAUUCAAUCUAUCAAUCCGGCUAUUGAUGCGGGUGUGGGUGCUAGGCCGUACAGCUUUGGUUGGCUACUAGGGUUUACGGCGACGGCGCUGGUGUAUGGGCUGUUGGAGAUGGUUGUUGCGCCGCCGAAGGAGACGUUUAUCGAUAGGGCGGUGUAUCCGGAUGAGAUUUAUGAUGAGGCGGGUGUGGUGGAUGAGGGGAUUAGUGUGGGGAGUGGAGAGCAAGGGAGUGCGGAGAAGACGGGGUGGAAGGCGAAGAUGACGAGGAUGUUGUAG